UGUUUUCAUUUGUGUUGCUGAAGAUCAAUCCCAGGUCCUCACACAUUCUAGGUCAGCACUGUCACUGAGCUACACCCCAUCCUGUUUUCAUUUUCUUUGUGCACAACAGGUUAUAAGGAGAGUGUUUUAAUUUUCUUAUGUUUUUCUUGUCUUCUCAUUGACCGUAAAUGGAUAAUGAGUCAAACUUUAAAAUUUGUAGUAUGGUGUAUUUUAGAAUAUUUUUUGUUGUUCUUGGUUUUGAAACAAAUACAAUACUUACCAAAUGUUCCCAGCAUAUGAUUUAUUAAACCUUAUUGUAUCACUGAUUAUUCUGUGACCCUAAACAAUCUUUCUUAGUUGUUUGGUAUGGGGGAUGUGGCCAGUAACCUCUGUGGUCAUGCUUCAACAACUAGAGUAUUUCUGUGCUUAAAAUACUAAUACAAUAUAUACAUCCUAAACAAAGUUAUUUUAGUCUAAUUUCAUUGAAGAUGUAGCUUUGUAGGUGAAACCUACAAUAAAGAUCUUAUUUUGUUUGGCAAGUUUCAGGAUAUGAAGCUGCGGGAGUUCUACUGUGAAGGAAAUCCACUCUUUCUGAAGCAGCCAAUUACUGCUUCACAACAGGACGAUGUCUGGAGUCUCCAGGAAAUAACAGCAAGGUUUAUCAUGAAUGAGCUUGAAGAGAAAAACCCUUUCCUAAUGUAUGCCAUAGAAGCAUAUCCAGAGGUCAAAACCAAAAUCUCUCAGGGAAGAAAAUGUGCUAUAUGCGGAAAAUCCUUUUUAAUCACAUGGCUGGAAUGUGUUCAGUUUGUUCGUCCAUCGAAGGUAACUGGCGCUUUUUGUGUGAAUGUGAGCAAAAGACCUACUCCUGUUUUUUUGUCUUUGUCUAACUUGACCUAUACUAACUAGAUUUGUAUCCGUGGAUCGACUUCUGUGAUAGCAUAAUGUUAAUUUUGAAUAGACAAUUUUGG